UUCAAAAUGUCCCUCUGUAUUUUUCACAACCAUUUGUUUUUUUUAUUUUAAAGGUGUCAUGGGAUCUCGUCAUGUACCUGCUCGCACAGUGUUAUUCGAGAGGGAAAAAAAUGGAGUCACAUAUCGCAUACCCGCCCUACUUUACAUCCCUCGAUGGUCAACGUUGCUGGCUUUUGCAGAAGAGAGGUUGAGUGUGGAUGAUGCUCAUGCCAAUCUGCUAGUACUGCGCCGGGGUACUUUUUACCAUAACUAUGUGGAGUGGGAGGACAUGAUCGCAGUGGACAGAGCCCGUCUGCCCGGACAUCGCUCAAUGAAUCCAUGCCCAAUCUAUGAUGAAUUCACAGGGCAGACCUUCCUUUUCUUCAUUGCUGUCCUGGGCAGUACAUCGGAAUCCUACCAGAUCAUCACUGGGCGGAACCUGGCACGGCUGUGCUAUGUAACAAGCUCUGAUCAAGGGAGAAGCUGGAGUGAUGUCACAGACCUAACUCACAAGGUGAUUGGGGAAUCCUUAAAAGAGUGGGCCACCUUUGCUUUGGGACCAGGACAUGGUAUCCAACUAAAAUCUGGUCGCCUCCUUGUUCCUGCUUACACUUAUCAUAUCAACUGCCGAGAUUGCUUUGGCAAGCUCUGCCGCACUACACCAAAAGCCUUUGCAUUUCGUAGUGACGACCAUGGAAAAUCUUGGAAAGUUGGAGAACUUAUCCCAAACCUGCACACAGUGGAAUGCCAACUGGUGUCAGUGGAUGAAGAAGAUGGAAGUAACAUUCUGUACUGCAAUGCCAGAAGCUCUUUAGGAUUCCGAGUACAAGCUCUGAGCUCUGAUGGUGGCAUUGUCUUCCAGUCUGGACAGUUGAUUGAGAAGUUAGCUGAAACACUUAAUGGGUGUCAUGGCAGUGUCAUUGGUUUCCCAGCUCCUCUGGGCUUUUUAUCAAGCCAAAAUAUCAAAAAUCCAGUUUGCUGCCAGGCUGAGCGCUCACUGGUGUUACCUAAACUGUCAGAUGUAAAACAAUGGAACACAAAAGGUCUUCAAGCACAGGACAACAUAAAUACAUUUAAAAAUAAUCUACAAUGGCAAUUCUGCAGUGGAAGUGGGGUCUUUAACUUGGCUGGUCACAGACAUACUAUAUGGGAGGAUGUUUGCAAAGACACUUGUCAUGAUAACAUGGGAUUACUAAACAAAUUAAAGUUACAGAACAAGACGUAUCACAAGACUGGGCAAACGUUUCAGACACCUACAUGGGUGCUGUACUCCCAUCCCACCAGUACACACUCACGGUUAAACCUAGGAGUCUACCUCAGCCCCUAUCCUAGGGAUGCCGAUAGCUGGAGAGGACCCUGGGUCAUCUACGAGGGACCCAGUGCCUACUCCGACUUAUCAUAUAUAGAGCUGCCUUCUGGUGAAGAUGGAUCUGUGGGGUUACCUCCCAUAGUUGCAUUUGCCUGUCUCUAUGAAAAUGGUUUAAAAUCUCCUUAUGAGCAGAUAUCUUUUAGUAUCUUCACCUUGUAUGAGGUCAUCCAGAACCUGCCACUUAAACCCAAUGUUCUCCAUCAUCCCAUGAACAAAGACAAAAAGAAAGGGAAUUGUAAAACUUCAUAAAAUAAAACAAACAAGCUAACUUUAAUAUGGUGUGCCAUUUCUUUGUAACUAUUGGCCAUCCAGCUCAUGUAUCUGAAGAAUAACAAUUUAAAGAAGUUAAAUUAAUAUUUUGAUGUUUUUUUGUUCACUUUUUAGCCACCUGUUUCUUGCACAUGUAGCACUAUUCGUAACUAGACUGUCAUAAUUUGAAGGGGUGUUGCUCUUCAGAUCACUAACAACUACAUUAUGAACACUCUAAGUAAAUUUUAAAUGAGAAAAAAAGUUUAAUGCAAAUGGCAUAAUGGCAAGGAGGGUGCAGUUCAGAUCAGGAUAUACCAACAGUACACUGGAGCUCAUACUCUAGACUGGGCCUCAAUUCUUUCUAUAUUUCUCUCCAUAAUCUCCUAUGGUUACCUUCAGAAUUACAGACUGUGAUGACUGGACUUCUGCAGAGCUUAGCCCCCCUAGCGAUCAAGGUUCAAGUGAUAUCUCAGUCUUCACUGAGACAGCAAAAAAGGGUUGAU